GGGAGGACAGACCCUUAUCCCCGCCGACUCCCCCAAGUCGCCCUGGCAGCGUCGGCCGCUCAGUUGCAGGCCCUCGCCACGGAGGCCACGCUCGGGGGUUCGGGGUCCACCCCGGCCUCCUGCGGCCGGGCCACCCUACUCGCGCGCAGCCGGGCGCCGCCGCGUCCCGGCGGUGUUUACCCGUUGCCCGAGGAGACACCCGCGCCACCGCCGGCUCCCGGCGCCGCCGCUUCCUCAGGGCCGGUUCCGGGUCCGAGCGCGCCCCCGGGCUCGGGUCGUCAUGAGCCGCGGCCGCUCCUCUGGCUCCGGGAGCCUGGACUGCACCAGCCAUAUCGCGCUGGGUGCCGCUUCGCCAGCGCCCGAGGAAACUUACGAUCAUCUUUCGGAAGUCCCGGUCACGCGGGAGCAGUUAAACCACUAUCGGAAUGUGGCUCAAAAUGCUCGAAGUGAACUUGCAGCAACUUUGGUCAAAUUUGAAUGUGCUCAGUCUGAGCUUCGAGACCUCCGAUCCAAGAUGCUUUCUAGAGAAGUCUCCUGCCAAGAAUUGAAAGCUGAAGUGGAGAGCUACAAGGAAAACAAUGCCAGAAAAUCAUCUCUCCUUACCUCUUUGAGAGACAGAGUUCAGGAGCUAGAAGAAGAAUCAGCAGCACUUUCCACUUCUAAAAUCAGAACAGAAAUCACAGCUCACGCUGCAAUCAAGGAGAACCAGGAAUUAAAGAAGAAAGUUGUAGAGUUAAAUGAAAAAUUACAAAAGUGUUCAAAAGAAAAUGAGGAGAAUAAGAAACAAGUUUCAAAGAAUUGCAGGAAACACGAGGAAUUUCUGACUCAACUGCGUGACUGCUUGGAUCCAGAUGAGAGGAAUGACAAGGCAUCAGAUGAAGAUUUAAUUUUAAAGCUUAGAGACCUGCGCAAAGAAAAUGAAUUCGUGAAAGGACAAAUUGUUAUUCUUGAAGAGACUAUAAAUGUCCAUGAGAUGGAAGCAAAAGCUAGCAGAGAAACGAUCAUGAGGCUGGCUUCAGAAGUCAACAGAGAGCAGAAAAAAGCUGCCUCCUGUACUGAAGAGAAAGAGAAGCUGAACCAGGACCUGCUCAGUGCUGUAGAAGCAAAAGAAGCUCUUGAAAGGGAAGUUAAGAUCUUCCAAGAAAGGCUGCUUGCUGGCCAGCAGGUCUGGGAUGCCUCAAAGCAGGAAGUGAGCCUCCUGAAGAAAAGCUCUUCUGAGUUGGAGAAGAGUUUGAAGGCCAGUCAGGAUGCAGUCACAGCCUCACAAAGCCAGUACUCCUCAUUUAGGGAGAAAAUCGCAGCCCUCCUUAGGGGCAGAUUGAGCAUGACUGGGUCCACUGAGGACACCAUUUUGGAGAAGAUUCGAGAAAUGGACAGCCGGGAAGAAAGCAGGGACCGGAUGGUCUCCCAGCUUGAAGCCCAAAUAUCUGAGCUUGUUGAACAGUUGGGAAAGGAGUCUGGGUUUCACCAGAAAGCUCUCCAGAGGGCCCAGAAAGCAGAGAAUAUGUUGGAGACUCUUCAGGGUCAGCUGACACACCUGGAGGCAGAGCUGGUUUCUGGAGGUGUUUUGCGAGACAACUUGAAUUUUGAGAAACAAAAAUAUCUUAAAUUUCUGGAUCAGCUUUCUCAGAAAAUGAAGUUGGACCAGAUGGCUGCCGAACUUGGCUUUGACAUGCGGCUGGACGUGGUUUUAGCUCGAACAGAGCAGCUGGUUCGUCUUGAGAGCAACGCAGUCAUUGAGAACAAGACCAUUGCCCAAAAUUUGCAGAGAAAGCUAAAGACACAGAAAGAGAGACUGGAGAGCAAGGAAUUACACAUGAGCCUCCUCCGGCAGAAAAUAGCCCAGCUGGAGGAGGAGAAGCAGGCACGCACGGCCUUGGUGGUUGAGAGGGACAACGCGCAUCUUACCAUCAGGAACUUGCAGAAGAAGGUAGAGAGGCUGCAGAAAGAGCUGAACACGUGUCGAGACUUGCACAUCGAGCUCAAAGCCAAACUGGCCGACACCAAUGAACUGAAGAUUAAAACUUUGGAACAGACUAAAGCCAUUGAAGAUCUAAACAAAUCCAGAGACCAGCUGGAGAAGAUGAAGGAGAAAGCUGAGAAAAAGCUCAUGUCCGUCAAGUCAGAACUGGAUACCACAGAACAUGAGGCUAAGGAGAAUAAAGAAAGGGCCAGACACAUGAUAGAAGUGGUAACCAGUGAAAUGAAGACACUAAAAAAAUCUCUGGAAGAAGCAGAAAAGAGAGAAAAGCAGCUGGCAGACUUCAGGGAGGUGGUGUCGCAGAUGCUAGGCUUGAACGUGACCAGCCUUGCUCUUCCUGAUUAUGAAAUCAUCAAGUGUCUUGAAAGAUUGAUCCAUUCACAUCAGCAUCACUUUGUUACCUGUGCCUGCCUCAAAGAUGUGACUACUGGGCAAGAGAGGCACCCACAAGGCCAUUUACAGCUUCUUCAUUGAACACUGUAUCUCUUGAGAGAGGUGGCCAUAAGACAUGGGACACAAUUCCCAAUUUCACAAAUUCCUCAUGUCUUUGAGAUUUGAUCAGUUUGUGAAUAUUUUAUGCUUUGAUGAUAUAGUGAGAAUGCAUCACUUGCAAAAACGAUCUCAAAAGUGUCAGCCUUAGAUAAACGUUCAGCAUUAAAAA